AUGCAGAUGGCAUCGGGUACAGGCUUGGCUCGAUUAACUGCCGGCAAGUUGCGACUGGUUAGUUUACCAACUUGUCGUGGGCAACAAACAACAGCAUCAAGGAAGGUUGAAGUAUUCAUCAACGAUAGAAAAGUACUUGUUGAUCCGGGGACCACUAUAUUGCAGGCAGCGUCUUUGCUUGGUAUUGAUAUUCCUCGCUUCUGCUAUCACGAUCGCCUUUCCAUAGCCGGCAAUUGCCGCAUGUGUCUAGUAGAAGUGGAAAAACAACUGAAGCCAGCAGCAUCAUGUGCUAUGCCUGUUGCGAAUGGCAUGAGAAUACAAACGAAUUCACCGAUGGCAAAGAAAGCUCGUGAAGGAGUAAUGGAAUUCCUGCUUUUAAAUCACCCACUUGACUGUCCGAUUUGUGAUCAGGGUGGUGAAUGUGAUUUACAAGACCAGUCGAUGGGAUUUGGCUCAGAUAGAGGUCGUUUGGAAAUUGUAUAUGAUGGCAAAAGAGCUGUGGAAAACAAGUAUAUCGGACCACUGAUAAAAACAGUAAUGACUCGAUGCAUUCAGUGUACACGCUGUGUACGAUUUGCCAAUGAAAUAGCAGGCGUUUCAGAUUUUGGUACUACUGGGCGUGGAACUGAUAUGGAGAUUGGAACCUAUGUUGAGAAGUUGUUCGCGACGGAGCUGUCGGGUAAUGUCAUUGAUAUAUGUCCAGUUGGCGCUCUUCUUAAUAAACCGUACAGCUUUACAGCUAGGCCAUGGGAGUUGCGUAAAGUAGAAAGCAUCGACGUUAUGGAUGCCGUUGGUUCAAACAUCGUAAUUGCACAUCGAACUGGAGAACUGUUCCGAAUUACUCCAAAACUAUGUGAGGAUAUUAAUGAAGAAUGGAUAAGUGACAAAACACGUUUCAUCGUGGAUGGUUUGAAAAGGCAACGACUUGGACAGCCAUUGUUACGAACUCAAAAUGGUUCUCUAGAGCCAUGCAGUUGGGAGGAAGCACUCUUUGCUGUUGCAUCGAAAUUGCGCGCUACUUCAUCAAAUCAUAUUGCUGCAUUAGCAGGAGAUCUUUGUGAUACAGAAUCAUUGGUAGCUUUGAAAGAUCUGAUGAAUCGAUUUGAUAGUGAAUUGGUUUGCACGGAAGAAUCGUUCCCAGACGGCAGUGGCGGGACAGAUCUUCGAUGCAAUUAUGUUAUGAAUGACAAAUUUAUUGGGGUAGAAAAAGCGGAAGUUCUAUUGUUGGUUGGUACAAAUCCGCGUUUUGAAGCCACAGUUUUCAAUGCUCGCAUACGGAAAAGCUUUCGACACACGAAUAUAGAAAUUGGUGUUAUCGGCGAAAAAGUUGACUUAAAAUAUGAUUAUAAAUAUUUGGGUGACAACGGGAAGAUUCUGGAUGAUAUAAUCAGUGGCAAAAAUGAAUUCGCUAAGCAUUUGCAAGCAGCCAAACGGCCAAUGAUUGUUGUUGGCUCAGGCGCUUUACAAGGAAAUCAUGGUGCUGCAUUACUUGGCAAAAUUCAAGUAUUCGCUGAAAAAUUGCGAUCUAAAACCGGAAAAACUGUAAAAGUAGUGAAUGUUUUGCAACGAUAUGCAUCACAAGUUGGCGCUUUGGAUGUCGGUUACAAAGCUGGAGUCGAAUGGAUCUUGAAUUCGGCUAAAGAUAUUAAAUUUUUAUAUAUGCUUGGCGCUGAUGGUGGUCGUAUCAAACAGAGUGAUUUAACUUCUGAUACUUUCGUUAUUUACCAAGGUCACCAUGGUGAUGUAGGAGUUGAGUUGGCAAAUUUGAUCUUACCAGGUGCCGCUUAUACGGAAAAGGAUGCCACGUAUGUUAAUACCGAAGGCCGAGCACAAAGAGCUUAUGCUGCAAUAACUGCUCCAGGUGAUGCGAGAAUAGACUGGAAAAUAAUACGAGCUGUUAGUGAAGUAGCUGGGAAAGCUCUACCCUACGACGAUCUUGACCAAAUAAGAAGUCGGAUGGCUGAGAUUGCUCCUCACUUGGUACGCUGUGGCACUGUGGAAGAAUGUUCAUUCCAGGAACAAGCGGCAAUGUUAGCCGAGUGUGGCAAUACAGACCUUUUAUUGAAGCCGGAACUGCUUGAAUUGGGUGAUUUUUGGAUGACAAAUUCGAUAUCUCGUGCUUCGAAAACGAUGGCUGAAUGUGUCCGCGCAUAUCAGCGCUACAAACAGGAUCCUUACAUGGAAGAAAAUAGAUCUCUGUGUGUGUGAUUUUGCCUUAGUUUGACAUUUAUUGACAACAGAAAGACUGUCACUUUUUAGGUUUUGCAUGGUGGACAUUUCUAGACACAUAUAUAUAUAUAUAAUUUUCAUAACUUACCAAUACAGACCUUUUACAAAUUUAUGAAAUUGUAGUUACAGUGUUUAGCUUUCUGUAUAUUUGCUGUACUGCCAAAAAAAUUACAGUACUCUAUUAGAAAGAAGUUUUUUCUCUUCAUAUGUAAGUAUCUUAUGGAUAUUGCGUACCGCUUUCUCUUUUUUUUUUUAUCCAGACAAAUCAAUUAUAUGUUAACAACGCAUACUUCCUAAUAUGUUCCGAAUAAAUUCG